UAGAAACACUCCAAUAUUGACAAGAGUAGAAAAUACCCCUAUAUUCCUUAUAGAUUUGUGUACCAAACUGAUACAUUUAUCCCACUUACAAAAACAUCAUGAAUGGAAAGAAGACUACAAAUUUAGGAAUUCCUCCUCGUUGGUUAAAUUGUCCUCGGAAAGGCAUCAUAAUUACAGGAAAAUUUCUUCCUUUCAAAACUCCUUUAAAUGAAGUUUAUGACAAUGAAGUGCCACUUGAAAACAGGUUUUCUCCUAGUAUGUUGAUAUCUUCAUUAAAGAGUUAUAAGGUUAAAAUGGGACUUUGGAUUGAUUUAACAAACACAACUAGAUUCUAUGAUAAAAGCAGUGUCGAAGAAGCAGAUAUAAAAUAUUUAAAACUUCAGUGUCGUGGCCAUGGUGAAUGCCCUUCAGAAGAACAAACUCAAACAUUUAUAAGAGUAUGCCAUAAUUUUAUUUCAAAGAAUCCUCUGGACAUUAUAGGUGUUCAUUGUACACAUGGAUUCAAUCGAACUGGCUUUUUAAUUGUUGCUUAUUUAGUUGAAGUGUUUAACUGGAGUAUUGAAGCUGCUUUAGAUGAAUUUUCAAAAGCUCGACCUCCUGGUAUUUAUAAAAGUGAUUAUUUAACAGAACUUUACACACGAUAUGGAGAUCCGGCUGAUACUCCUCCAGCUCCUCCAUUGCCUGAAUGGUGUAAUGAACCUGAUAAUUUUGAUGAUGAUGGAUGUUCUGUCGAAACGACACAAAAUGAAAGCCAGUUUGAUAAUUCAGAUUCUGGUCGUAAACGGAGAAGAGAAUUUAAUAAAAAAAAUCCAACUUUUAUGGAAGGAGUUCCAGGAAUUACAGUAAUAACUAUACAACCAAAAUUAUCACAAAUUCAAAGAAAAUGCCAAGAAAUGUGUCAAUGGAACAGUUCUGGUUUUCCAGGAUCCCAACCAGUUUCAAUGGAUAAUGAAAACUUAAAUUUACUUCAGUUGAAGCCUUAUAAAGUUAGUUGGAAAGCUGAUGGAACAAGGUACAUGAUGUUGAUUGAUGGAAAAAAUCAAGUAUUUUUUAUAGAUCGUGAUAAUGCAGUUUUUCAAGUGUCUGGGUUGUAUUUUCCCCAAAGAAAAAAUCCUGAUAAUCAUAUUCUCAAUACACUUCUUGAUGGGGAAAUGAUUAUUGAUAAAGUAAAUGGAAUUGAUGUUCCCAGAUACUUGGUUUAUGAUAUUAUACAAUUUGAAGGUAUCAAAGUAGGAGAUGCAGAUUUUGAUAGAAGACUUUUAUGCAUUGGCAAAGAAAUUAUUGGACCAAGGCAUCAAGCUAUGAAAGAAGGCAAAAUAGAUAGAAGUAAAGAACCUUUUAGUGUUCGUGCAAAAGACUUUUGGGAUGUCAGUUUUGCCAAAUCAAUAUUAGGAGAAAAGUUUGCGAAAAGUGUAACUCAUGAUAUUGAUGGCUUAAUAUUUCAACCAGCUAUCAAUCCAUAUACAGCUGGUAGAUGUUCUGAAGUUCUCAAAUGGAAGCCUCCUAGUUUAAAUUCGGUUGAUUUUAAAUUAAUUAUUAAAAAUGAAUGCAGAGAAGGAUGUCUUCCUGGACCUAGAGGUUAUUUAUAUGUUGGAGGACAUGAUCAGCCCUUUGCUGAAAUGAAAGUAAUUAAAAUAAUUUUUUCU